AAAAACACUCAAAGAUAAGCAAUUAAUCAGAGAAAAUAAAAAAAGGAAAUGAGUAUCCCACAGCGGAUGUGAACGAGAAAGGGUUGCCAUCAUAUCUGGGGAUUGUGACAAAGAAGACGUGGCAGCCAUGGCUCUGUCAUCGGAGUUUGUGUCGCUGGUCCAGCAGGAGAUUCCAGAGGGACGGCAGUCGCUCUCGGACUCUCAUGCUAACUUGGAGAAAGUGGCUUCGUACUGCAUAGAGAACUUUGCGAGGGCCGAGAACAAAGCCCAAGCACUGGAGGAAACCAAGAAUUACACGACGCAGUCCCUCGCUAGCGUGGCUUACCAGAUUAACACUCUAGCAUACAACUUCUUGCAAAUGAUUGAUCAACAAGCACACCAACUGGCAGAAAUGGAGAGCCAGGUGAAUUACAUAUCUCAGAUGGUAAUGGUUCACAAAGAGAAAGUGGCCAGGAGGGAGAUCGGUGUCCUCACAACCAACAAGACGACGGCCAGGCAAUACAAGAUACUUGCACCAGCCAAUACGGAGAAACCAAUCAAAUACGUGAGGAAGCCCAUCGACUUUGGAUGCACCCAUAAUGACCUGACAUGCACAGACAUCAAUUUACUAUUACAAGGCUUAGAUGAUGUAGGGCAUGGCAUACGCUCAUCAUCCAGCAGCACCCCACGGUCCAGACGCUCAGCCAGCAGUGUGGGCAUGCCCCCUCCAGUCCACCAACCCCCCACCUCUGCCGGACCUGCCCCUACCACGAAGCCACCAACACCUCCCCAGGCCAACCGGUCUGUGAGCAGCCUCUCAAGGGGCUCACGGGAAUACCGCACUCCUCCAGCUGUGGCACCUCCUCAGGUACCCAGCAACUAUGCUCCCAACUACCCCAUUGGCCACCCACGACGUAACGACCGCUCGAGUGGCUACAGCACCUUGCCCCACCAGUCAGCAGCCCACGUAUCCCCCAUGAACCAUAACGGAGGAGCAGCUCCCCCUCCUCAAGUGGGCAUGGUGCAUCCCAUGGCCCAUGGCGCACCCCAGGGCUCCUACACCCCGCCUCCUCCCCCACCCCACAUGGAGCAACCGCAGUAUGCAGCCCACCCUAUGGGCAUGCCACCCCCCCCAUCGCCAGCCUCCUCCGGGGUGGUGAGUGAGCAGGAGUACAACAGCCGCUCGUCGGGUGCCUCGUCCCCCCCACUGCCCCCACCUCCCCCCAGCGACACCGACAUCCCCCCGGCUGUGCCCCCACACUUCAUGGAGAAAGCCAUGAAUGACGACCCAGCCCCUCACCGUGUCCCAGGCCCUAAUCCCCCAGCGGUGCCCCCCCACUACUUGGAGAAAGUCAUUGCAGUUUAUGACUACUCGGCCGACAAAGAGGACGAGCUGAGCUUCUCGGAGAAUGCAGUCAUUUACGUCGUCAAGAAGAACGACGAUGGCUGGUGGGAGGGAGUUAUGAAUGGGGUCACAGGGCUCUUCCCGGGCAACUAUGUGGAGCCCCUGAUGUGAGACGACGACAAUGGGACCUUCUUUCAGCGUGGAAGGUGGACUUGGAGAUGGAGGCCACAGUGCAAGGAGGAGCAGGAGGACUACGACUACGAGGACAAGAACACCUGCACAGGGUGGAGACGAAGAGCCAUCAGGAGGGUCGAGGGGGAGAAGAAACAGCAGGCUGGCAAGGCGGGCGAGGACGUGUGCAAAAACGAGACCCCUAUUGGUCACUGUGGUUCGGAUGUGAGGAAGACGAGUUGGAGUAGGAGGAUAAUGGUGGGGCAAGUCCUGAUGGCCCUGAUUGCGGUUAGGGACUUAGGCCUCCCAAGCGUUUUGUGUCUGUGUACAUAUCUCGCCUGAGGGGUUGUUCGUACGACACCGACAGUAUUACCCAUGUUAUGAUUUAAUGAAAAAGUAAAAUCCAGUGAUUAGUGUUCCCAUUAUUUUUUUCUAUAUUUUCUCCCCCUUUUUUUUUUUUUUUUUUUUUUUCUCAUUGUGUUACAUCAUAGUUCCUGAAAAUGAUGCUCUAUAGUAAUGUAAAGAAGAAAAAAAAAUAACCCCCUUUUUUUUUUUUUUCUUAUACAUAUCACCACAUAAAGUGAAUGUGACAGAUUAUCCAAUCAGAUAUGUCAUGCUUCAAAAGAGAAAGAUGCAUUACCCCAUUGAUUGCACAAAAGAUAUGAAAAAAGAUAAUAAAAAUACGUAGAUUUAGAGAAAAAACUUUUUUUUUUUUUCUCUUUUUUUUUUGAAGCUGAGGUAUGCUUGUUUCUUAAUCAGUGAUAUAGAUAUGAGCUAGAUUUUUAUUUACAAAAUGUAACGGAUUUGUUCCUGCAGUAGAGAGAAUAAGCCCCCAAAUAAAAAAAGAUUAAAAAAAAAUGCUGUAAAGAAAAAAAUAUUCAUUUGUACAUCCUGUUAGAGAUAUUCUCUGUAUGUUUGUCAUUAUUAAUAUUGAAAACCCGCUAAACUGAAAUUGUAUCCAAUCCAAAAGCUUUUUAAUUUAUUUUUUGUUUUUUUUAUGUGUAUAUAUAUAACAGGAGAAUGAAUCAAAGACUAGCUUCUUUACCAUAGAUAAAUGAAAGAGUGUGAAAGAGAGAGAAAGAAAUAAAGAAAGAAUAAUUAUGAUAUAAACAGUAUAUUGCAUUGCCCAUUUGCAUGUGUUAAACCAUAAGGCUACAAAUGGAGAUGUAUUUGUUUCUUGUUCUGGGAGACUGAUCAUUUUGUCGAAAUGUUGAAGAAGAAAAAGAGAGAAAAUAUCCAUGAACGAGGAAAUUAUACCCUUAUAUGGUAAUAACACUAUAGAAAUUGAUGCAAUUAUGAUGGUAUUCGCGGGACGAGAUUUCACAUGGAGAUGGUAAAAGAAGGCAAUAAAUGGAUGAAUAAUAAUGAUGGUGAAUAUUGUCUGUUUUUCUUCAUUGGUUACUGCAUAUUGUUUGUUCCUGUUUUUGCUUUUGUGUUCUGUUUUAUUUGCUUAUGUACAUAUAUAUAUAUAUAGGUUAAACGAGAGACAAGUGUUUUUCUUUUCUAUGCAUGAACGACUUCUAUGAUUUUUUCCUUUCUCGCAUUCUUCACUCUUUCAUCGUUUUUCCUUGAGUGCCAGAGUACCCUCUAUUGUAAAGGUCAUGCAUUAGGAUGAAUAUACUUGCAUCCACUGUUUUUUUCCACUUUAUAUUUAUAUUUUUGAUUUACUCUAUUUUCUUUACUUUUUCAUACAAUGAUAGCUUCAGAUAUUGAUGGGUUCUAACUUCAGCUGGUUAAGAUUGCUGUCCUAGUCAGUUCCCCCUUUUUUUUCUAUUUCUUAUGAAUGAUGAACAUUAUACCUAUUUAAAAAUAUUAUUAUUAUUUUAUUUUUAUUUAUUUAUUUGUCUAUUUAGUUUUUUAUUAAUAUAAUUUUUUUGUAAGUCAUUAACGAUAUACCUGUGUAAUGCUAUAAGAAAGUUUAGUCAUAUUGUUGGCAAUCAUGCACAAAGGUGAAUUUCCAGUAAUGAUAAGUUUAUAUCAUAUAGGCUGUAUAAAAGAAGUACAGGCUGUUAUGUGUAUUGAUUAUGCCUUAUCUAUGUAGUCUUGUACAUAGGUUACCGCUGUAAACAGGUCGUAAGCAUCUGUUUAUACUAAGGCUGGGUUUGACCAUAUGCAUCCCAUAGAAUUUGGGUCAUUAUGUUCAUUGCAUAUGUUGCAGCAGAUGUAAGGUAUGGUUCAGGGUGCAUGAGCCUAGGUAAUCUUAAAUCUGUUUCAAAAUUUCCUUGUACAUUAAACAUACAACCUUU